AUGAAUCCGGAGGCUAAUAAAUGGUACCGUGGAUUUGCAACUAUUAUUUUGUGCUACGCAGCACUGGGAUACGGAUUAAUGUUAGACGAAGAAAGAGAUUCGAACAAUUUUACAGCAGCUGUAGGUGAUUACGUUGUAUUUAAUUGUCAUCUUGAUUUUCCACACGAAAUACCGAUACCUUAUAUAUUACACUGGAAUCGAGAAGGUCGAACGAUAUUUUCCUGGUACCAAGUUCCGGGUUAUGAACAGGCUAACAGUGUCCUCUCUAUUGCCGAAGAUUAUGCAGGUCGGAUUCACUUGUUGGAGGGUGAUCGACCAGCUCAAGAGUACGGACAGGGAAGUAUUAACUUGACCAACAUCAGGGAAAGUGAUCAAGGUUGGUACGAAUGCAAGGUCAUAUUUCCUGAUAGAUCACCUAGCUCACGUAAUAAUGGCACGUGGUUUUUUCUCAGCAUUGAAGGUAAGACUGUUUUUUUUUUUUUUGAUAAAAUCUAA